CACUCAUCCCCAUGUAAUGCGCCCUCCACUGACUACCGCUCUUCACUGUGGAGGUUUUCCUUAGUGCGAGCCUUCUCUGUUUUGUACUUGGACGAAGAGCGAAGUUUAGGACGUAAGUGUGUUUACAUCGCUGUUGAUAAUACCGUAAAACUAACAGACCGUACUACCGUCAGGUCUGAAUACACGUGCGAAGGGUUGACAAGGCUGAUCUCGGGUUGGAUAUAGCAGUUGUCAGGGAUGGCAGACGGGGGAAACGGAGGAGGAGGGGCCCAGCUAGCCGACAGGGGCUGGAUCGAUGUGCAGAAGAAGACGUUCAGGAACUGGGUCAACGAGAAACUCAAAGACACGCCGUGCAAAGUGGAGGUCCUCGAAAAGGAUUUCAGCGACGGCAUAACGCUCAUCAAGCUCCUGGAAGCGCUUUCCAAGAAGAAGAUGCACAAGAGACACAAUGCAAAGCCUCGACUGGACAUCCAAAAGAGGGAAAAUGUCGACAUUGCUCUCGAAUUCAUGAAAAAGAUUGAAAAAAUCCGACUCGAGAAUAUCGGUGUGACUGAUAUCUUUGAGCACAACUUGAAGCUGAAUUUAGGGCUGGUUUGGGCCCUCAUCAUCCGCUAUCAGAUAGCUACAGGGGAAUCGGGGGCCAUUGAGAGCAAGGCCGUCAAGGCCAAGAGAGCGACGGCAGAGAAGCUGUUGUUGGGGUGGAUGAAGAGUGCCCUUCCCAAUAAUGGUGUCAGAAAUUUGACAACAAGUUGGAACGACGGAGUCAACCUGUCGGCUCUGGUAGACUACUGUCAGCCGGGCCUGAUUCCAGACCACGCCUCCCUGGACCCGGAACGGAGACUGGAGAAUGUGCAGCGAGCCAUGGAGCUGGCAGAGGAGCACCUCCAGAUCCCUCAGCUGAUGCACCCCGAGGACCUGGCCGUGGACAAGCCUGACAAGCUGUCCACCAUGACCUACCUCUCCCAGUUCUGCUGCCCCAACUCUGUGGGCGAGAGGACUCUCCUCGAAUUUGUCCGCAAGAAGCUCCCCAAACAGAACAUCACCAAUUUCACCACCGACUGGGUUGACGGGAGGGUCCUCGGAGCUCUCACUGAUUGCGUUUCGGGAGGGGCUUACCCCGAAUACGAACAGAUGAAACCGGAUCAAGAGCUCGAGAACUGCACCAGUGCUAUGACUACAGCGGAAAAACUGCUCCAGAUUUCAAUGACCUGCGAUGCCGAGCAGUUUGCCAAUCCGGAUCUGGAUCCGAUGACCCGUACCACGUACCUCCAGCAGUUCCGCCACGCGCAAGCCGUCGCUUCUCCUGCGCAGAAACUGGUGGCUUCGGGCCCUGGAAUAACGGGAGACUCUGCGGGGAAAGAAACUAAUUUCAUCGUUCGUGGUCGCAUCCCCGAGUGGGCAGCUCUCUCGUGUACGGUAACCAAAGCAGACGGGAGCGACGUUCCAACGAAGCACCACACGACUAGUGCUAAAGCUAUGUCCUACCAAUACACUCCAGAGGUAGGAGGGAGGUACAGAGUCGAGGUUAAACUAAACGACGAGCAUAUCAAAGGUUCGCCGUUCAACGUGCAGCAUCAGGCACCGUCGGACGCCGACAAGUGCACAGUGACAGGGGAAGGGAUGGAGAAAGGGAGAGUCGGCGAGAAGCUGGCGUUCUCGGUGAACUGUGCAGACGGUGGGCCCGGAGAGCUGGAGGUUGAGGUGGACAGUCCGUCAGGGAGCUACGUACCAGUCGAUACGCGAGAGUCCUCGCCUCGCAAUUUCGACGUGUGGUUCACUCCCGCAGAGCCCGGUCCCCACAGCAUUAAUAUCCGCUGGGGUGGGAACCACGUUGCAAGAAGUCCCUUCACGACACAGAUAACAGACCCCAAGAAAUGCUCGGCAAGUGGGGCCGGUUUGAAUAUGGCAAAGCUGAACACCCCAGUCUCCUUCGCCGUGAAGACAGACAAGGCAGGUCAGGGCGACCUAGACGUGAGAGUCACUGCUCCGAAUGGUGGGGAAGUCCCCAUUGAAACGAGGGAAGAAGGCAGGGGAAACUACACGUGUACCUGGGUCCCCGGAAACGAAGGGAUGCACAAGAUCGACAUCUUGUACGGAGGAGCCCCGAUCUCCGGGAGUCCUUUCACAGCCGAAUGUCUCUCUCCAGCAGAUUCCUCGAAAUGCACUAUCCUCAACGCCCCAACCGGACGGCUCCGAGCCGGACAGAGCUACAAUUUUGACGUAGACACCUUGAAAGCCGGAGCCGGCGACCUCUCGGGUUCAUUCACGGGCCCGUCUGGUGUAAAAGAAAAGUGUGAAAUAUUUGCAAAGAGUGGGAGGGUAUAUUCAGUCAAGUUUAGACCAAUGGAGGUAGGGCCAGUUGAUGUCGAGGUGCUCUAUGACGGGGUCCCUAUACCAGAGUCUCCAGCCAGGUUCUCAGCUAAUGAUCCCAGCAAGUGUAAGGUGAAUGCUGCGGCACUGGCCAGCGGGUCCUAUCGCACCAAGCAACCCAUCGAUUUCCGAGUGGCAGCGCACUUUGCCGGCGGGGGAGAACUCACCGCCUCCUGCAAGGGGUCGAAAGGCUCAGACGAACUAGAAGUACGAGACCAGGGAGACCAAACGUAUCUCGUGCACUACAUUCCUAAAACGGCUGGGCCACAUGCGAUCGAUAUCCAUUUCGAUGGGGAGCAGAUCCCGGACGUUCCAAUCAGAAUCCAUGUCGAUUCGGGGAGCGACGCUGACAGUGUGAUUGUAGCACAGCCGGCUCCAGGGAGACUGGGGAAAUACGUGGUGGACAUUCCAUAUAUCUACAAAGUCAACACGACUGGAGCCGGGGAUGCUGAGCUAACGGCAAGUAGCUACGGAGCUCGAACGGGGAUCAAACCCGACGUGAUUGUCAUAAAUGAAGGGUCCUCCCGACACAAUGUGACUCUGAGAGCAAGCGAGGCUGACGAGUAUCUCGUCAGUAUCAUGUGGGGCGAGGAGCACGUUCCGGGAUCACCUUUCAAGCUGCCAAUCGACGAGAAACCUCGAGCCGAGAGGGUUCGCUGCACCAGUCCCGAUUUCACCGUUAACUCCACAGCACCUGUGUCCGUGACUGCCGACACUGAACUAGCCGGUGCCGGGGAGCUCACCGCAAUUUGUGUCGGGAAGAAAGUCGGCGCCGUGGCCACUAAAGUAGUAAAAACCGAGCCGGACAAGUACUCUGUCUCAUUCACUCCGAUCCAAAUCGACGACUACUCCCUCAGUGUGCUGUGGUCGGGUGAGAACGUGAACAAGUCUCCGUUUAGAGUCAAUCUCCUGCCACCAGAUGUCACCAAACUCGCCAUUGAUGGACCUCACGUACCUGACAACAUCCUGGAGCCUACGAGACUCUUUAUCGAUACCACUGGAGCUGGCAACGGUAAAUUGAGUGGGUCGGUUGAGGGAAAUCUUCACGGGUUCUCCGAUGUUCAGAUUCAAGAGAUAGAGCCCAAUAAAUUUGACGUCUCUUUCGUUCCUCCCGGCCCCGAUUUCUACAAGUUUGACGUCAAGUGGGGAGGACACACGAUCCCUGGGGCUCCGUUUGAGAUCAAUCUGAACCCACCGAGAGCAGAAGAAGUUGUCAUCGUAGAGCCACCCACCGCCAUGCUCGAAGCCGGACAAGCAAUUGGGAUUUGUUUCGACACUUCCCUGGCCGGUAGGGGAGAGCUGACUGCAAAGACAACCGGUCAGCAAGUCGGCGAAAUCCAGACAAAAGUGAGCCAGAGAUCCAAAGACAAAUACGAUGUUCGAUUCGCUCCCCCGGAACCCGACAUAUUCAAUGUGGACGUUCUGUGGGCCGGACAGCACGUGAAAGGCUCUCCAUUCACGAUCAAUCUUCUGCCGGUCGACCCUAGCAAGAUCAAGGUGAUCGGUCCGAACCAACUCCAGGGAAACGAUGGACCUGUUGAACUCAUCAUCAAGACGGGCCAAGCUGGGAAGGGUAAGGUCACGGCUGCUUGCAUCGGGAAACAAGUCGGCGACGUCACUGUCACAAUCAGCGAAACAGCAAAGGACAUCUAUCAACUCACUUUCGUUCCUCCUCAAGGAGACAUAUACACUUUUGCUGUACAGUAUGGCGGGCAGAAGAUCCCUGGGUCCCCCUUCACUAUCAAUACCCUCCCUCCCAAUGCCAGUGCCGUGAAGGUAAUCGAGCCUGAAUCGAUUGAACUGCGACAGCCCAUGACUUACAUCGUCGACACCCAGUAUGCCGGAAACGGGAAACUCACCGCCACGUGUCGCGGAGAAAAGUAUGGAGCAAUCGAGGUAAAACCGACAAAGAAGGGCAAAGGCGUCUACGAGGUGUCAUUUGCAGCUCACAAUCCCGAUGUGUACAAACUGAUCAUCAAGUGGUCAAAGGAAAAUGUUCCGCGCUCACCUUUCAAGAUCGACCUGCGAAAUCCGAUGGCCUCGAAGGUCAAAGUUGGAGAGCUCCACAUCCCAGAUGAAGCAGGGACUGGAGAGCAUGUGUGGGUAGAUGUUGACACCUCUGACGCCGGCCACGGAAAGAUACGAGGUGAGGCAGUGGGGGAGAAAGUCGGAGCCAUAGACUGCGAAGUGGAGACGAUGCGUCGCGGUAAGAAGUAUCGCGUCCGAUUUCCACCCUCGCAGGCCGACAAGUACAAAUUCUCUAUUUACUACGGAGACUCCAUUGUUCCGAGUACUCCGUUCAACAUUAACCUUGUCCCUCCCCAACCCGAUGAGGUGGAGCUGUUAGACACCUCCAUCCCGGACCAGGCAGGGGGUCCAGUCACCCUGGUAUUUGACACCAGGAAUGCCGGACAGGGAACCCUGUCUGCCAAAGCUACCGGGGACCUUAUUGGAGUGGUGGACACCGCCGUAACUGAAAUAUCGCCCGAUAAAUUCCAAGUCUCCUUUAUUCCUAAGGAGUACGACACGUUCAAUGUUAAUGUGCAGUGGGCUGGACUACCGGUAAAAGGCUCGCCGUUUCUUGUAGACACUCGUCCCCAGAUCUUCCCACAUAACGUAGAGUGUGGGCAGCUGGCCUAUACGUCAACUGGUAAGCCAGUUACUCUCACUGCUGACACUUCGAGAGCAGGGAAAGGGAAACUCACGGCCCAAGUGAGUGGAGUAGUCAGCGGAUCUGUCCCUGUACACGUGAGCUCCACCUCAUCAACCACGCACAGCAUACAGUUUGUACCCAAGAGAGAAGACGAGUACAGUCUGAAAGUGUUUUUCGUCGGUCAGCAAGUCCCCGGGUCUCCUUUCAAAGUGGACUUUCGUCCCAAGGGCCCAGUCACAGAGGGAAUGGUAGUGGCUCCACUUAUCCCCGUGGAAGAGUGUAUCAUGGUCCCAACACAAGACCUUCACUCGGCCCCACCACAGGAAAUCAAACGCCCACAGCCGGAAGAACUGACUCAGUUCAUAGGGGAACCUCUUUCAGUCAAUAUCACGGUAGAGGACAAAGGUCAGCAAGGUGCUCCUCUGCUUGCCACUGCCAUUGGAGACAAGACUGGGAAAGCUCCAGUCAGCAUUUCCAAGAAUCCGGACGGAUCUCGCGACGUCUUCUUUAACCCUGACAAACCGGAUCGCUACAAGAUUGACGUGCUCCUCGGGGAUUUCCCGGUCCCCAACACUCCCAUCGUCGUCAACUACGUCUCACGCAGCGACCCUUCCAAAUGUGUCAUUUUCGGUCUCCAAGACAUUCCUCUAGUGCCGCAAGUCGGAGAACCAAUCAAGUUUGGAGUCGACUCCACGCAGGCUGGAGAAGGGAAGCUCUCUGUCACGGCAGACGGUCCCUCGGCUGAUGACACCCCGUCAAAGUUGGAUGUUCAGACCAGUGAGAAGGAGCCGGGAAUAUGGCACAUUUCUUACACACCGUCGGCAAAGGGUUGCCACAGAAUCCACAUGCAGUGGUCCAAGGAGCGUAUUCCCGGAUCGCCUCUCUCGUUUGACGUGGGAAUGAUAGGAGACGUCCAGACUUACCCCUGGGGCAGUCCUGUGGCAAUGGACAUCAACGCUGACUGCAGAACUGGCGAUCUCGAGUCGUACGCCAUUCAAGUAUCAAACGGAGCGAGACACAAGGUGAAGGUGAACAAACUACAGAAAGGAAAAUUCAAGCUCAGCUUCCAGCCACAAGAUCCAGGCAUCUACGAGAUUCACGUUCUCCUCAAGAAAAAAGAGAUUCCUGGCAGCCCCUACAGAAUUCGCUAUAAUUCCCCACCCAAACCCGAGACUGUCAAAGUUCUGGGGCUCCCAAAGCGAGCCUUUGUUGGUGAGCCCUUCCAGUUCACAGUCGAUGCCAGACAAGCCGGUAGUGGGGAUCUCGUAUUCAGAGGCUCCGGUCCCGAAGCUUUGAAUGAAUCAGAUCUAAGUGUAGUGGAUAACAAAGACGGUACCUUUACUGCUGAAUACGUCCCCAAUGCAGUCGGCGAGCACUUUUUCCAGAUCCUGUGGGCAGAAACGGCAAUUCCCGGUACUCCGUUCUGCGUUCUGGCACAGGACCGGGCACCUGAGAUAGAGAAUCCACUUGAGGGGUACCCUGCGCUUAAUGUGGUUGAGCUCGAGCAGCUGGUGCCAAUUAGGGUAGUGGGUGUGGGUAAGCUCCCUUCUAAGGAGUUCCUACUGGCUGGGUGUAUGGGCAACAAGACUGGAGAAGCUGAAGUUUCGGUUGAACAGAGAAAGGACGGAUCUUCGGUCGUUCUUUUCACCCCAGCUCUGCCAGACAACUACAUCCUCAACGUGAAAAUGAACAGGGAGCAUAUCAAGGGGAGCCCCUUCACAAUCAAGGCUGUGGAGAGGGGCUCGCUGGCUGCCGAUUUCGUCCACCCUGACGGAAUAUGCCACAGCGACGUGGAGUCUGAAAGACCAGUUGUCUUGUUGCUACCGCUAAAUGCUCCGAACUCUUCUGAGAUCUACGCUACUACAGAAGGGCCCCGAGGACUGUGCGAAACCUCCGUAGGGAAGUCAUGUGACGGGCUGCAAGGGGUUAAAUUUAUCCCCGAGGCACCAGGCGAUUACCUCAUGACGGUUCGCAAAGAUGAAGAAGACGUGUCUGGAAGUCCGUUUAAGAUCACGGCUUACAGCAGUCAGCCCGACGCCUCCAAAGUUUACAUUCUCGAAGAAGACUUGAAGCUUUUCAAGAAGGCCAUUCCGUUUGGCAAACCGGCCAAGUUCCGCAUCCAGACGGCAGAGGCUGGGCCAGGAACUCUCAACAUUACAUCGCGAGGCCCCGGAAAGGCAGAGGUUAAAGUGUUCGACAACAAGGACGGGACUUACUCGUGUGAAUUCCUCCCGAGUGUGGCCGGGAAGUACUUCCUAGACAUACUGUGGAACGAUCUACACAUCAAGGGCAGUCCGUACAUGCUGGUCUUCAAGUCCAAGAAAUCCAGACUCAUUACCGGUCUAAAUCUGGAAGACGAGAGUUUCCGAAUCGGAGUUGCUCACCGGUUCAAACUCCACUGUGACGAGGUGGGGGAGGGGCUCCUAGAGCUCUUCUGUCGACCGCAGAGCGCUGCUAAGAUUCGCCUGAUUCCCAUCGCAAUAGCCAACUCGUACCAGUGCGAGAUUGUCCCUCAAGAGAUUGGCAAUCACGAAGUCUCUGUCACGUACAACGGGAAGCAUAUCCUGGGUAGCCCGUUCAAUGUGGUGUUUGAAAUGAGAGGAGACGCGAGCAAGGUUCGCAUGGUUGAGAGCUCGGUAGAGAAUCUUCACGGUACAGGAGACGCCGUCACGUUUUGUAUCUCCACCGAAGGUGCAGGGAACGGGAAACUCACUGCAUCAGUAGAAAACUCCAUCACGAAAGAUGUAGCGCCAGUCACUCUGACGCAGACUGAAGACCAGCGAUUCAACGUGGAGUUUUUCCCCGGAGAUGGGGCAGAGUAUCUCCUGACUAUCAAGUACGACGAAGUGCACAUUACUGGUUCGCCUUUCAAACUAGUGUUUGGGCCUCCACCGACCGAUGCUAACCAGGUCACAGCGCAGGGAGACGGGCUUGUAUCGUGUAUCAUCGGAAAGUGGGCAAAGUUUAGAGUCAACACGGAGCACGCAGGAGAAGGGAGGUUGGCGGUCAGAGUGAGGGGAGUGGGAGAAGACGUGACUUGCAACGUGAGUCAGGACCCGCAGAAUGAGUUGGAGUACGAAGUGGCCUACAGUGCAAAGAAAGAAGGCGAUUAUUUCGUGACGGUUGAGUGGGCGGAGCAGGAGAUUCCCGGGAGUCCGUUCAUGGUUCACUGCUACCACCCCUCGGACCCGUCCAUCUUUAGCAUCGAGAACCCGCAGACUGAAACCAUGCUCGGUGAACCGCUCAAGUUUAUGGUGCACUCUGGAGGCAUCCCAGAUUCAGGCGAGCUGACAGUAACAGCUCAGUCCAGCCAGAACAAGAACAUGAAGGGUGAAGCGGUUCGCCAGCUCAGUGGAGACUAUCUUUGCUCCCUGAACGUGGCUGAUCCCGGGCGCUACAUGGUCCACGUACGGUGGAACGGCAACCACAUCAGAGGGAGCCCGUUCAAAGCCAAGUUUCUAGUGCCUCCGAAACCUCAGAAUGUCAAAGCUCACGGGCCGGGACUGGAGGAUGGGUACGUCGGACAAGAAGGAAAUUUCAUGGUGGAGACUGGAGAUGGUGGAGCAGGGACUCUAGCAGUGCGGGUCCACGGACCAAAGGGAGCAUUCAAGAUCAACAUGCGUCGUCAUCCCGAUAACGAGAGGACCAUCCUCGUCCGCUACGACCCUACAUACCCGGGAGCAUACAAAGUUGACAUCACAUGGUCCGAGAUUCAUGUCCCUGGCAGUCCCUUCACUGUCAACAUUCGACCUCAGAACGAAAAGAGAUACUGAAGAACCGACCAAGUAAAUUAAAACAUUUUUUCAUCGAUUUCAUGAUCAAUUAAUUUGCCAUUAUCAGACCCAAUUUUGUUUAAUUUCUAGCUAUUUCUGUGUUGGUCUGUUUUAUUGCUGUUUAGGUUUCAUCUAUGUUUUGGAAUGUAGUUUUAAUUUUUUGCGAUAAUUUUUACCAUGUAGAAUGCAUCAAAUUACCACCUGUAAUGCUCAUACUUUCUCUAUGCGGUAGCUAGAUUUUUAAAAAUUACCUUGUAUAUACAAACUUUAUAUUGCAGCGAAAAAUCAUUCC